AGCUAAGGUUGAAACUGAGCGAGGAACGAUCGUGAAGCAGUGCCAUUAUCAUGGCGACCCCUGUGAAAAUGCAAGUACCGGGUGACGGGAAACUCUCUGCGAGCAAUGCCACCGUACAUCUCACUCCCGACCUCACUAAAAUGUCUCCCGAGGAAAGGUGGAGGUAUGAGCACCAGAAACUGCAUGAACUCCAUAAAGGACAUGAAGCCAUGCAUAUGGAGAUGGUCCUCAUUCUCCUUGUUACGAUGAUUGUAGCACAGGUCCUGCUUAUUCAGUGGCGUCAGAGGCAUGUCAAGUCUUAUCAGGUUGUGUCAUUAUUUGGCAUGUGGAUAAUUCCACUGUUGUUCUCGAUCCGGAAUCUCUUCUGGAGGUUUGUGUUCACCUGGCUCCUCUUCUCCUGCAUCACAGGACUCAUUGUCUUCAAGUCCCUUCAGAGACCUGUUCAUCCUGCCACACCCAGGAUGGUGUAUAAAUGGUUCUUCCUGGUCCACAAGCUGAGUUAUGCCCUGGGUAUAGUUGGCUAUGUUGUGAUGAUGCUCACUCUGUUUGGUAUCAAUGCCAUCUUCCGAAGCCAGCCCCAUCCAUGGAUGGACUUCUCUUUAUUACUACUCUUCUAUGGCCUCUACUAUGGUGUGCUUGGUCGGGAUGUUGCUGAGAUCUGUGCUGAUAGAAUGGCUGCUCACAUUGGAUACUACACACCAAUUGGUAUGCCUUCAAGGCACUUGGAUCCAGAUGUUUGUGCUGUCUGUGGGAAUCGCCUUCUAGUCGGCGUUGGCCAGGAAGCCAUCUUAGAGGAAACCUAUCGUCUGUCCUGCAGUCAUGAGUAUCCUCUUUACUAA